GGUUACGCCUUUUGGGUCUCGCCACCCGCCAAUCCCCAAGCUUCUGAGGGGUGUCUCGGCCGCAGAGGUGGGGCGCCGCGCAGGAGGCACGGAAGGGAAAAUGUUUCGAGGAGUGGGUUCCGUGAUGUGACCCCACUGGUGGAGACGGAGGUCAGCCAUGAGGUCAGUUUCCAGGCCAGGCAGAGCCAAGUUGACACAUGAACCUAACCGUCACACCUCUGCACACUGGCAAGUUCUAUCAUUUACACACCCACCAGAAAUGUAUGAAAAUGAAAAUUUCCUGGCAACCAUGGAAACCCUGGAUUUGCUGCUGUUGACACACAUGGUAUUUUAUUUGGUGGGGAUCACAACACCCUUGCUGUGAGGAAGAGAAGUCAGCGACUUCAUCUGAAAUCUCUCCAAGUAGAAUGUAAAGCUCCGAGAAAGGGUUGUUUUCCCCACCCUGUGACCGACGCCUUCCCCGCACUAUCUCCGCUACUCCACACCCCAAACUGGCCUCAAAUGCCGCUUCCUCCAGAAAGCGCCCUCCGGCUAGAAAUGCUCCUUAGAUCCUACCUGGUUCCUCUCCAAGAGAUCCUCAAGUCUCCCCUCUACGGACACUAAAGCUGCCUCUAAAAUGACCGCGCCCACUUUGCUUCUCUAUCCUACUUAAAAGCAACGUGCCUCUGAGUCCGCGACCACCUCUGCCCAAGCUGCAGAAAGAUCGGCGUAGGACUGAGCCUCUGAAACACUGAGCAGCUUGUGUCGCGCCCUUGGCUUGAAAACGGGAUCAAACAGGUGGUUUUUAAUUGCGUCUCUGCGUCCUGCCCCUUCCUGCGUGUGUCGUAAAAACGGCGGCUGUUGGCGGCAGUAGGUUGGAAGACGGCUGCCCCCUGCGUUUGUCGAAGACGGGGCGCGAAUAUAUUACGUCAUGGGGCGGCUGUCGGAAGCACGAGUCCGGGGCUCGGUGGUUACGCUGGUGAGUGUCGCCGGCGGCCAUUCCUCAAGCUUUUAAGGGGCCUCUGGGCCGUAGAGGUGGCUGCGGGGCGGGAGGCACAGAAGGGAAAGUGUUUCGAGGAGUGGCUUCCGUGAUGUGACCCCACUGGUGGAGACGGCGGUCAGCCAUCAGUUGAACAUUUUUGUCAUCUGCGAAUAAUUUUUGCCUGAUAUCAGGUGCAUGUUCUGCAAAGUGCGGAGAACCUGUUUCUGCUUCUGACUUGGUCUAGUCUACGGGAACAAGACAUUUUAACUGAUAGAAGAAGCAGGAGGUCCCAGGCUUGAGUAAUCACUGAUUGUGAUAUCUGAUCUGAGAUAUCUGUCCACAACUUCUGGGCAGAAGGAGGAGCACACCCUAGAGUUGCUAGCCUGUUCUUAAGAACAGAAGAAAAUGACCAAGGCCCAGGGAUCAUUGUCAUUUGAGGAUGUGGCUGUGGGCUUCACCUGGGAGGAGUGGCAGUUACUGGAGCCGGCUCAGAAGGACCUAUACAAGGAUGUGAUGCUGGAGAACUACAACAACCUGGUAUCAGUAGUGAUUCCCAAGCAUAAUUAUUGGUGCCAGAUGGUCAUUGAUUUCCCGUUUUCAGGGUAUCAAGUUACCAAACCAGGUUCAUUUUUCAAGCUGGAACACGGGGAACCCCCAUGGAUGAUAGCGUGUGCAAUCCAUAGUCAGACCUGUACAGAAGAAAUAUGGGAGAUGGACCAUAUGCAGUGGCACCCAGAAAACCAAAACAAGCUUAAAAGUUUGGAAAGAUUUCAGCAGAAUUACACACCUGGGAAUAAUUUCAAUUUAAGCAAAAAUCUUGUUCCAUUACCACAAAGCCAUAAUAAGUUUGACUCGCAUUGUAAAAGUUUGAAAUCUCAUUUAGAUUUUGUUAUCCAAAAUAGGAGAUAUGCAAGAAAGGAUUCUGAUGAGUUUGGGGAAUAUGGGAAAUCAUUUCACCAUAUCAAGCAUGAUAAAACUCGUAAUGGAAUUAAAUACCAUGGAUGUGUUAAAUCCAGAAUCACUAAGUCACAGCUCAGUGACCAUCAAAAAACAUAUACAGAAAAGAAAUCACAUCAGUGCAAUGAAAGUGGGAAAGCCUUCUCUAGGAAGACACACCUCACCAGACAUCAGAGAAAUGAAAGAGGAGAGAAACCCCACACAAGCAAUGAAUGUGGGAAAACAUUCACAAGGAAGAUUCAGCUCACUGAACAUCAGAGAACUCAUAUAGAACAGAAGCCCCAUGAAUGUAAUGAAUGUGGGAAAGCUUUUUCCAGAAAGUCACAGCUUAUGGUACAUCAGAGAACUCAUACAGGAGAGAAACCCCAUGAAUGUAAUGAAUGUGGGAGAACUUUUUCCAGAAAAUCACAGCUUAUGGUACAUCAGACAACUCAUACAGGAGAGAAACCUUAUGAAUGCAAUGAAUGUGGAAAAGCCUUCAGCCUGAAGUUCCGGCUCAGUAGACAUCAGCAAUCUCAUACUGGAGAGAAACUCUAUGGAUGCAGUGACUGUGGGAAAGCCUUUUCCCAGAAGGCAUAUGUCAUUGCACAUCAGAGACUUCACACAGGAGAGAAGCCUUAUGAAUGCAGUGAAUGUAAAAGAACCUUCUUUUUUAAGUCAGAGCUGACCAACCAUCGGAGAAUUCACACGGGAGAGAAGCCUUAUGAAUGUAGUGAGUGUGAAAAAGCCUUCAGAAUGAAGUCAAAGCUCGUUCAACAUCAGCGAACUCAUACUGGAGAGAGACCAUAUUCGUGUAGUGAAUGUGGUAAAGCCUUUGCCCGCAAAUCAGUCCUUACUAUGCAUGAGAAAACUCAUACAAGAGAGAAAGCUAUAAAUUCAUUGAAGGUGGGAAAACCUUCCUCAGGGAGUCAUAGCUCUUCAUACAUGAAUGAACUUGUACAGAAACAAAGCACUAUGAACACAGUGCCUGUGGAAAUGCCUUCUUCAGGAACUCAGACUUUAUUAAACAUCAGUGAGAUCUUAGGGAAUAGAAAUAUAGUGAUUAUGGGACAGCCUUUUCCAGGAAGUCAAGCCUCAGUAGAUAAUCAAGAAUUUACAUGGGGAACACACCUCACAAAUGUGUUGGAUGUGUCACCACCUUCAGUAAUAAAUUAUGUCUUUUAUGUUACACAUACCGUCUAAGAACAAAAUGCAAAAUCAAAAUACUCUGAUAACGAGAAAUUUGGAAGAGCCAUUAGCAAGAAUUCCUUGCACAUUAUAUGUCAGCACAUUUAGGACAGAAACACUAUGGAUGCAGUGGCUGAGUAGAACACUUCUGUGGAAAGUCAGGCUUAUUAAUAUCAGAAGGAUCAUAUUAAGUACAAAUGUAGCUAUUGUGGGGAAGUCUUUGCCUGGAGGUACACACCUCAGUUGUUACCAGCGAAUUCUCACAGGGCCAAAAUCUUAGGAAAGAAGGUGAUAGUGUUUUCAGUGAUCAAUUUACUGCAUUAUAUUUCAGAGAAACAGAACGAAAACUACAGGAACUUAAUUUGGGAAAGAUUUUUGGUAAAAUGUGUAAAAACUCUUGUAGAAGAGAAACCCCUGAAAGCACUGAAUGAUGGAAAUUCUCUCACCAGUCUAACUCAUGUAUCACCUUUUUUAUCUUUGGAAUGUGGGAAAGGCUUCUCCAAUAAAUGAAAUAUUAUGGCUUCUA